CGUCACUAAACAGGAAGUCAUAACCUGAAUCAGCACUGGGAACGUAGGAGCAGUAAGUAACCUGCCAGCUGGUCCGGGGAAUGGGGGGUUAACAGGGGCCCAGUAACUGCCCCAGGGUAUUAAUGGUAUUAUUACUGCACCCAGGGUAUUAAUGGUAUUAUUACUGCCCCCAGGGUACAGCAUGGAGACUGCCAGGGUAUUAAUGGUAUUAUUACUGCCCCCAGGGUAUUAAUGGUAUUAUUGCUGCCCCCAGGGUAUUAAUGGUAUUAUUACUGCCCCCAGGGUACAGCAUGGAGACUGCCAGGGUAUUGAUGGUAUUAUUACUGCCCCCAGGGUACAACAUGGAGACUGCCAGGGUAUUAAUGGUAUUAUUACUGCCCCCAGGGUACAGCAUGGAUACUGCCAGGGUAUUAAUGGUAUUAUUACUGCACCCAGGGUAUUAAUGGUAUUAUUACUGCCCCCAGGGUAUUAAUGGUAUUAUUACUGCCCCCAGGGUAUUAAUGGUUAUAUUACUGCCCCCAGGGUAUUAAUGGUAUUAUUACUGCCCCCAGGGUACAGCAUGGAGACUGCCAGGGUAUUAAUGGUAUUAUUACUGCACCCUGGGUAUUAAUGGUAUUAUUACUGCCCCCAGGGUACAGCAUGGAGACUGCCAGGGUAUUAAUGGUAUUAUUACUGCCCCCAGGGUACAGCAUGGAGACUGCCAGGGUAUUAAUGGUAUUAUUACUGCCCCCAGGGUAUUAAUGGUAUUAUUACUGCACCCAGGGUAUUAAUGGUAUUAUUACUGCCCCCAGGGUAUUAAUGGUAUUAUUACUGCCCCCAGGGUAUUAAUGGUAUUAUUACUGCCCCCAGGGUAUUAAUGGUAUUAUUACUGAACCCAGGGUAUUAAUGGUAUUAUUACUGCACCCAGGGUAUUAAUGGUAUUAUUACUGCCCCCAGGGUACAGCAUGGAGACUGCCAGGGUAUUAAUGGUAUUAUUACUGCACCCAGGGUAUUAAUGGUAUUAUUACUGCCCCCAGGGUACAGCAUGGAGACUGCCAGGGUAUUAAUGGUAUUAUUACUGCCCCCAGAGUACAGCAUGGAGACUGCCAGGGUAUUAAUGGUAUUAUUACUGCCCCCAGGGUAUUAAUGGUAUUAUUACUGCCCCCAGGGUACAGCAUGGAGACUGCCAGGGUAUUAAUGGUAUUAUUACUGCCCCCAGGGUAUUAAUGGUAUUAUUACUGCACCCAGGGUAUUAAUGGUAUUAUUACUGCACCCAGGGUAUUAAUGGUAUUAUUACUGCCCCCAGGGUACAGCAUGGAGACUGCCAGGGUAUUAAUGGUAUUAUUACUGCACCCAGGGUAUUAAUGGUAUUAUUACUGCAACCAGGUUAUUAAUUGUAUUAUUACUGCCCCCAGGGUACAGCAUGGAGACUGCCAGGGUAUUAAUGGUAUUAUUACUGCCCCCAGGGUACAGCAUGGAGACUGCCAGGAUAUUAAUGGUAUUAUUACUGCACCCUGGGUAUUAAUGGUAUUAUUACUGCCCCCAGGGUACAGCAUGGAGACUGCCAGGGUAUUAAUGGUAUUAUUACUGCCCCCAGGGUAUUAAUGGUAUUAUUACUGCCCCCAGGGUUUUAAUAGUAAUAUUACCGCCAACAGAGUAUUAAUGGCGGUUUCAUUACUGCACCCACGGUAUUAAUUUGUACAUUACCGUCUCCCCAGGGUACAGCAUGGAGACCAGGGUAUUAAUGGUAUUAUUAUCGUUCCCAGGGUACAAGCAUGGAGACCGCCAGGGUAUUAAUGGUAAUAUUACCGCCCCAGGGUACAGCAUGAGACCGCCAGGGUAUUAAUAGUACAUAUUACCGUCCCCAGAUACAGCAUGGAGACCGCCAGGAUAUCAAUGGUACAUUACCGCACCAGGGUAAUUAAUGGCAUUAUUACCGCCCCAGAUAAGUACGGAGACCGCCAGGAUAUUAAUGGUAUUAUUACUGCCCCCAGGGUAUUAAUGGUAUUAUUACUGCCCCCAGGGUAUUAAUGGUAUUAUUACUGCACCCAGGGUAUUAAUGGUAUUAUUACUGCCCCCAGGGUACAGCAUGGAGACUGCCAGGGUAUUAAUGGUAUUAUUACUGCACCCAGGGUACAGCAUGGAGACUGCCAGGGUAUUAAUGGUAUUAUUACUGCACCCAGGGUACAGCAUGGAGACUGCCAGGGUAUUAAUGGUAUUAUUACUGCCCCCAGGGUACAGCAUGGAGACUGCCAGGGUAUUAAUGGUAUUAUUACUGCCCCCAGGGUAUUAAUGGUAUUAUUACUGCACCCAGGGUAUUAAUGGUAUUAUUACUGCACCCAGGGUAUUAAUGGUAUUAUUACUGCAACCAGGUUAUUAAUUGUAUUAUUACUGCCCCCAGGGUACAGCAUGGAGACUGCCAGGGUAUUAAUGGUAUUAUUACUGCCCCCAGGGUACAGCAUGGAGACUGCCAGGAUAUUAAUGGUAUUAUUACUGCACCCAGGGUACAGCAUGGAUACUGCCAGGGUAUUCAUGGUAUUAUUACUGCCCCCAGGGUACAGCAUGGAGACUGCCAGGGUAUUAAUGGUAUUAUUACUGCCCCCAGGGUAUUAAUGGUAUUAUUACUGCCCCCAGGGUAUUAAUGGUAUUAUUACUGCCCCCAGGGUACAGCAUGGAGACUGCCAGGGUAUUAAUGGUAUUAUUACUGCACCCAGGGUAUUAAUGGUAAUAUUACUGCCCCCAAGGUAUUAAUGGUAUUAUUACUGCCCCCAGAGUAUUAAUGGUAUUAUUACUGCACCCAGAGUAUUAAUGGUAUUAUUAUUGCACCCAGAGUAUUAAUAGUAUUAUUACUGCCCCUAGGGUAUUAAUAGUAUUAUUACUGCACCCAGGGUAUUAAUGGUAUUAUUACUGCACCCAGUGUAUUAAUGGUAUUAUUACUGCCCCCAGGGUAUUAAUAGUAUUAUUACUGCCCCCAGGGUAUUAAUAGUAUUAUUACUGCACCCAGGGUAUUAAUGGUAUUAUUACUGCACCCAGUGUAUUAAUGGUAUUAUUACUGCCCCCAGGGUAUUAAUAGUAUUAUUACUGCAACCAGAGUAUUAAUGGUAUUAUUACUGCAACCAGGGUAUUAAUAGUAUUAUUACUGCACCCAUGGUAUUAAUGGUAUUAUUACUGCCCCCAGAGUAUUAAUGGUAUUAUUACUGCACCCAGGGUAUUAAUUGUAUUAUUACUGCACCCAGGGUAUUAAUGGUAUUAUUACUGCACCCAGAGUAUUAAUUGUAUUAUUACUGCCCCCAGGGUGUUAAUAGUAUUAUUACUGCCCCCAGGGUGUUAAUAAUAUUAUUACUGCCCCCAGGGUAUUAAUGGUAUUAUUACUGCACCCAGAGUAUUAAUAGUAUUAUUACUGCACCCAGAAUACAGCAUGGAGACUGCCAGAGUAUUAAUUGUAUUAUUACUGCCCCCAGGGUAUUAAUGGUAUUAUUACUGCCCCCAGGGUAUUAAUGGUAUUAUUACUGCACCCAAGGUACAGCAUGGAGACAGCCAGAGUAUUACUGGUAUUAUUACUGCACCCAGAGUAUUAAUGGUAUUAUUACUGCCCCCAGGGUAUUAAUGGUAUUAUUACUGCACCCAGAGUAUUAAUAGUAUUAUUACUGCACCCAGGGUACAGCAUGGAGACUGCCAGGGUAUUAAUAGUAUUAUUACUGCGCCCAGGGUAUUAAUAGUAUUAUUACUGCACCCAGGGUACAGCAUGGAGACCGCCAGAGUAUUAAUGGUAUUAUUACUGUACCCAGAGUAUUAAUGGUAUUUUUACUGCCCCCAGGGUAUUAAUGGUAUUAUUACUGCACCCAGAGUAUUAAUAGUAUUAUUACUGCACCCAGGGUACAGUAUGGAGACUGCCAGGGUAUUAAUAGUAUUAUUACUGCACCCAGGGUAUUAAUAGUAUUAUUACUGCACCCAGGGUACAGCAUGGAGACUGCCAGAGUAUUAAAAGCAUUAUUACUGCGCCCAGAGUAUUAAUAGUAUUAUUACCCUGGGUGCAGUAAUAAUACUAAUAAUACUGGCGCCCAGGGUACAGCAUGCAGACUGCCAGAGUAUUAAUAUGAUUAAUAUGGCACCCAGGAUACAGCAUGCAGGCUGCCAAAGUAUUAAUAGUAUUAUUACUGCACCCAGGGUUUUAAUAGUAUUAUUACUGCCCCCAGAGUAUUAAUGGUAUUAUUACUGCACCCAGGGUAUUAAUAGUAUUAUUACUGCACCCAGGGUACAGCAUGGAGGCUGCCAGAGUAUCAAUAGAAUUAUUACCGCUCCCAGGGUACAGGAUGGAGACUGCCAGAGUAUUUUCUAGAAUAGUUGGAGCAGUUUCUGACUAACAUAAUGUAUAGGUUUAGUCAGAGCAGUUGAGGUAGUUUCUGACCAAUGUAAUGUAUAGGUUUAGUCGGAGCAGUUGGGGUAUUUUCUGACUAAUAUAAUGUAUAGGUUUAGUCAGAGCAUUUGGGGUAUUUUCUGACUAAUAUGUAUAGGUUUAGUCGGAGCAGUUGGGGUAGUUUCUGACUAAUAUGUAUUGGUAUAGUUGGAGCAGUUGGGAUAGUUUCUGACUAGUAUAAUGUAUUGGUAUAGUUGGAGCAGUUGGGGUAUUUUCUGACUAAUAUAAUGUAUUGGUAUAGUUGGAGCAGUUGGGGUAGUUUCUGACUAAUAUAAUGUAUUGGUAUAGUUGGGGUAGUUUCUGCACUAAUAUGUUUUGAAAUAUUAGAGAAUAUUGUACAUAUCCCAUAUUUCUCUCCUGCAGUGUGACCUGUCCAUGGCUUUGAUAGAAGGUGUUGGAGAUGAAGUAACAAUCCUCUUUGCUCUGAUAUUGUUGCUAUUUGUAUUAGUCUUGGCAUGGAUUUCAACACACACCGUAGAACGUCUCCCCUCAGUAUGGCUUCCACCAGUGACGGAUCCGGUGGAUACAUCGUCAAGCAACCAAGCAAUAAGUGUUGCUCUUGUGAAUGCAGGUGCAAUCCCAAGCAAUCGUGAUGGUUCCCAUGUCAACAUUGACUCUGUGCAACAUUUUAUCCCUGAAUGUUCUGGGUCUGCUCAGAGUAAUAAGGAAGGCUGUGCUAAUAUUGACCGCACUUUGAAUUCUAAGAAACCCUCUACUUGUGCUGGAGACUCCUCUCCAUUUAUUGACCCCGCUCUGAAUAAUGAUGAACCCUCUGCUUGUACUGACCCCACUCUGAGUAACAGGGAACCCUCUCCUACUAUUGUUUUCUCUCUUAGAAAUGGGGAACACUGUCCUAAUAAUGACUCCACUGUGAGUAAUGAGGAACCCUGUCCUAAUAUUGAUCCCACUGUGGAUAAUGUGGGGUCUUCGAUUGACACUGACGCGCAUCUGUGUAAUGAGAAACAUAAUUCCAUUAUAGAAAAUAUUGAGGAAUCGCCAACUGGGAGUAAUAAUGACCCCACUCCCAACACUCACCCCACAAUCAGGCAACGAGGCCCUAGAGAAGCAGAGAGGAACCCAAUUGAUGACGCUAUUACAUUGAGGCUGAAAUUUCUCAAUGACACAGAAAGGCUGCUCACAGUCAGACCAUCAGACACCCUUUUACAAGUUAAACGGUAAGAGAGAUUCUUUGGUGGCUUUGUUUCUCUAUCUACUUCUGUUUCCACUUCCACUAUCUUUCUGUGGUAAAGCGUCUUUAUUGUUCUCCUUUGGUCAAGACAAUUUUUUUCAGUUCUCAUUGUUCUGUCUCUCUCACAGACCCUCUCCCCGUUUGUCUCUUAUCCUUAUGCUAGCCUUCCUUACAGCUAUCCUUCCUGUAUUUUAGCCUCCACUGCCAGCCAUCUUCCUGUGUUUCAGCUUCCCUUACAGCCAUUUCCUGCAUUUCAGCCUCCCUUACAGCCAUCUUCCCGUGUUUUAGCCUUCCCUACCAACCAUCUUCCUGUAUUCCAGCAUCUUCUACCAGCCUUCUUCCUUUAUUCCAGCCUCUUCUAUCAGCCUUCUUCCUGUAUUCCAGCCUCCCUUGCAGCAAUUUUCUUGUAUUCCAGCCUCUCCUAUCAGCCAUCUUCAUGUAUUCCAGCCUCCCUUACAGUCAUCUUCCUGUAUUCCAGCCUUCCUUACAGCCAUCUUCCUGUAUUCCAGCCUCCCUUACAGUCAUCUUCCUGUAUUCCAGCCUCUCCUACCAGCCAUCUUCCUGUGUUUCAGCCUCCCUUUCAGCCAUCUUCCUGUGUUUCAGCCUCCCUUUCAGCCAUCUUCCUGUGUUUCAGCCUCCCUUUCAGCCAUCUUCCUGUGUUUCAGCCUCCCUUACAGCCAUCUUCCUGUAUUCCAGCCUCCCUUACAGCCAUCUUCCUGUAUUCCAGCCUCCCUUACCAGCCAUCUUCCUGUAUUCCAGCCUCCCUUACCAGCCAUCUUCCUGUAUUCCAGCCUCCCUUACCAGCCAUCUUCCUGUAUUCCAGCCUCCCUUACCAGCCAUCUUCCUGUAUUCCAGCCUCCCUUACCAGCCAUCUUCCUGUAUUCCAGCCUCCCUUACCAGCCAUCUUCCUGUAUUCCAGCCUCUCCUACCACCCUUCUUCCCUUGCUUCAGCCUCCCUUACAGCCACCUUCCCGUAUUUCAUCCUCCCUUACAGCCAUCUUCCUAUGUUUUAGCCUCCCUUACAGCCAUCUUCCUGUGUUUCAGCCUCCCCUACCAGCCAUCUUCCUGUAUUCCAGCCUCCCCUACCAGCCAUCUUCCUGUAUUCCAGCCUCCCCUACCAGCCAUCUUUCUAUAUUCUAGCCUCCCCUACCAGCCUUCUUCCUGUAUUCCAGUCUCCCCUACCAGCCAUCUUCCUGUAUUCCAACCUCUUCUAACAGCCUUCUUCCUGUAUUCCAGCCUCCCUUAAAGCCAUCAUCCUGUAUUCCAGCCUCUUCUACCAGCCUUCUUCCUGUAUUCCUGCCUCUCCUACCAGCCUUCUUCCUGUAUUCCUGCCUCUCCUACCAGCCAUCUUCCUGUAUUCCAGUCUCCCCUACCAGCCAUCUUCCUGUGUUUCAGCCUCCCUUUCAGCCAUCUUCCUGUGUUUCAGCCUCCCCUACUAGCCAUCUGGUAGCUUUGCUUUGGGUUCCAGACAUGCUCUAACUAUAAUGGACAAGUGGGUAUGUUAAAGAAGAUAUUACACUAAUCACCUACAAAUAUAUCUGAACCCUAAGCAAAAAAACAGUGGAGUAUUGUGCGCUCAAGCCUCACCUACCAGCCAUCUUCCUGUAUUCCAGCUUUUCCUACCAGCCAUCUUUCUGAAUUCCAGCCUCCCCUACCAGCCUUCUUCCUGUAUUCCAGUCUCCCCUACCAGCCAUUUUCCUGUAUUCCAGCCUCCCCUACCAGCCAUCUUCCUGUAUGUCAGCCACCCCUACCAGCCAUCUUCCUGUAUUCCAGCCUCUGCUACCAGCCAUCUUCCUGUAUUCCAGCCUCCCUUACAGCCAUCUUCCUGUAUUCCAGGCUCCCCUACCAGCCAUCUUCCUGUAUUCCAGCCUUCUUCCUGUAUUCCAGCCUCCCUUCCAGCCAUCUUCCUGUAUUCCAGCCUCCCCUCCAGCCAUCUUCCUGUAUUCCAGCCUCCCCUACUAGCUUUCUUCCUGUAUUCCAGCCUCCCCUACCAGUCAUCUUCCUGUAUUCCAGCCUCCCCUACCAGCCAUCUUCCUGUAUUCCAGCCUGUGACGAGAGCAAUCUCGCCACAUUGCAUUGGAGAAGCCUGGUUGCUCGCCUGUUGCCUUUGGAUUAUGGCCCCAUGUUAAAAGGCUUGAUUUUCCCCUGCAAAGACAAGAAAGCCGGGUCAUUUGGUGCUUGCCCUGUUUGAGUAGUGAUACCCCAGAUAGCUAUGCCAUGGAGCCCAUUCGUAUAAUGAAAGACUAUGGGAAAGACUUUGGCUCCAUGGCAAUUGAACUGUAUGUGUGUGCUCUGAGCGCCAUUCAGUAAUAAUGUGCGCUCAGACCUAAGCUAUCUGGGCAUAUGUUGUAUGUCUGUAUUUUAUGUCAUAAAUGUAACCUUGUGUAUUUUAUUGUAUUUUACUGUCUUUUUGCUGCCAUGUGUUCAAUGGAGUUUUGCCUCUGUCUUUGGAGAUAAUUGGAUUACUGCACAAUUAUCUCCAGGAUAGAAGACUCUGUGGAACUGGUUUUGGGCAGAAAAGCCAUGCUUCCUGUGGUCACAAAGGACCACGAUCUAUCUUUUGAACCACUGGACCAAUUUGUAUGAUUUUGAUGUAUGUUUGUAUUUGGAGUAUGCUGAUUCUGUAAAUUGUAUGUGAAUGUGAUGCAUACUUUUCAAGUUAUGAAUAAUGUGGAAAAAUUGUAUUUCUCUGCAUGUGCUAAAUUACAGUACCCAUUGUGUAAGGUAAUUGAAUCACAUGCAGAGGGGAGGAAUUUGUGUGGGAGUGUCUGAGUGUAUUGUAUGUGUUUAUUGGUUGUGUUCCAAAACCCUGUGGGUGGUACUAAUGUGUAAGAAUGUGUACAUAAGCACAAUAAACCCACAGCUCUGACUGUUCACUGCUUGACCCUCAACACGGAGCUUUGUCUCGUUCUUGUGGGGAUUUAUUGUAUGCUGUUCCAGUUUGACUGCUAGGAGUGUAAACCUAUUCGUAUGGUUUUUCCUAUUUGUCUGUUUACAGCAUUCGUAUGGUUUCCUGUUCGGCGGAUUGGUGUUCUGCAGUAGCUGUGCCUGCAUCUCUGGGAAGGGGACGAUCGCCUAAACGGUUUUAACCCCUUGUGUGCUGAAACGGUCCGUUACAAUUGGUGGCAGCGGUGGGAUCGUUCCCACAGCCAGAAGGACAGCUACAGGAGACACCAUUCCGUGGAUUUACAAGUUGGGGGCAACGCAUGUCCCAGUACAGCGACCCUAAAAGCAGCAGAAUGGAACCAGCAGUGUUAUACGAGGAGGAGGACCUGGAUGGCCAGGAUGCAUUAAAGAAAGGCAUCUGGUACCAGGCCCUGGAUAAUGUACAAUACCAGCGGGGUGAGAGUCUCCCCAGUGAAGAGCAGCGGUUGCAGAAGCAAGUGGCCCUGCGGAUGCCCUUCCUGGGAGAGCAGCCCCUGGAGGAAUGGGUGAAGGAACUAGAGCACAGGGUAUGGCAGGAGCUAUGGCUGGAGGAUGCCUACCAGGCGCUCUGGUGGUAUAUGGCACAGUAUAUACCCUGGACAGCCGAGCAUGACAAGCCAGAGGGAGAGGAGUUUGAUGGUCCUGGCUUGUUAUGGUAGUCCUUUGCAGAGCCUGACUUCGGGAGCCCUGCGCACACCAGACUUCAGGACAUUUUCUACGAGAGGGAGGCUAGGCAUGACUGGGAUGACCCCCAUGAGGUAGAGCAAGACCUGGCUCACCUAGCAACCCUGGAGUGGGAACUGGAGCAGGACUACCGAGAUCUCUUCCACUCCAUUGGGAAGGCUCCGCAGGACAGCAAGGUGACAGAUCCAGUUCCAGACCCAUUCAGCUGGGAAGAUAUUGUUGAAAUUUACUGGGAGGAACCCCAGGCGGCAGGUGGAGAGGGGACCGAGGUCUCUCCACCGGUACUGCAGGGAAUUGGGAGCCCGAGCUCCAUUCCCCAGCGGGAGAUAUUGCAGGGAAUUGGGAGCCCGAGCUCCAUUCCCCAGCGGGAGAUAUUGCAGGGAAUUGGGAGCCCGAGCUCCAUUCCCCAGCGGCAGGCUGAGUUACAGGGGGCAGAGACAGGUGGUCCUGUCCCCCAGCAGUAGUGUUCCUUGCAGGGAGAGGAGAGCAGCGUCCUCCCUCCCCAGCGGCAGGAUGAGCUACAGGGAUGCUGGGCAGUCGGCUCAGAUCCCCAGCGGCAGUGUGAAUUGCAGGGAAUUGGGAGCCCAGUCUCCAUUCCCCAGCGGCAGGCUGAGUUACAGGGGACAGAGAUAGUUGCUCCUGUCCCCCAGCAGCAGAAUGAAUUGCAGGGAAUUGGGAGCCCAGUCUCCAUUCCCCAGCGGCAGUAUGAGUUAUUGGGAAUUGGGAGCCCAGUCUACAUUCCCCAGCGGGAGAUACAGCAGGGAAUUGGGAGCCCAGUCUCCAUUCCCCAGUGGCAGAAUGAUUUAUUGGGAAUUGGGAGCCCAGUCUCCAUUCCCCAGUGGCAGAAUGAUUUAUUGGGAAUUGGGAGCCCAGUCUCCAUUCCCCAGCGGCAGAGUGUCCUACCGGGAAUAGAGAGCCCAGUCUCCUUUCCCCAGCAGCAGGACUCUGUAUUGGGAGCAGAGACAGUCGGUCUCCCUCCCCGGCUGGAAGUAUAUAUGGGAGAGGAGCUUGUUACCCCCUCUCCCCAGCGGCAGCUUAAUGUACCCGGGGGAGACAGUAAGCCCCACAACUGUGCAGAUGGGACCGUGGUCUCUGCACGUCCAGCACAGGGGGUAGGGACGGUCGGUUCUGCCCCCCAGCAACAGGGCUGUGUAGCCAAAGGGGAGACAGUCGGUCUCCAGCAGCAGGGCUGUGUAUCUAAAGGGGAGACAGUCGGUCUCCCCCUUCAACAACCAGGCUUCAACCAGGCUACCCUCCCAGUAGCGCUGGCAACAGGGCAGAGUACCGCUGGUCUCUGCCCACGCAGCAACCCACCAAGUCAGCAUACCCGUACCCAGCACAGCCGUGGUGAGACACCUGGACAUGGACAAGCUUCUCCUCUACCCAGGUGUAGUAACCAUUUAUUGUGGGUGGGCUGUGCUGUUGAUUGUGUUUUGUGGGUGGGCUGCUGGACUAACAAGGGCACUGACCGGCAGGAGGUCAGAUACCCUGUUAGUCUGUUUGGAAAAGGGGAGAGAUGUGACGAGAGCAAUCUCGCCACAUUGCAUUGGAGAAGCCUGGUUGCUCGCCUGUUGCCUUUGGAUUAUGGCCCCAUGUUAAAAGGCUUGAUUUUUCCCUGCAAAGACAAGAAAGCCGGGUCAUUUGGUGCUUGCCCUGUUUGAGCAGUGAUACCCCAGAUAGCUAUGCCAUGGAGCCCAUUCGUAUAAUGAAAGACUAUGGGAAAGACUUUGGCUCCAUGGCAAUUGAACUGUAUGUGUUUGUGGUCUGAGCGCCAUUCAGUAUUGUGCGCUCUGACCUUAGCUAUCUGGGCAUAUGUUGCAUGUCUGUAUUUUAUGUCAUAAAUGUAACCUUGUGUAUUUUAUUGUAUUUUACUGUCUUUUUGCUGCCAUGUGUUCAAUGGAGUUUUGCCUCUGUCUUUGGAGAUAACUGGAUUACUUCUAAUUAUCUCCAGGAUAGAAGACUCUGUGGAACUGGUUUUGGGCAGAAAAGCCAUGCUUCCUGUGGUCACAAAGGACUACGAUCUAUCUUUUGAACCACUGGACCAAUAUGUAUGAUUUUGACGUAUGUUUGUAUUUGGAGUAUGCUGAUUCUGAAAAUGUAAAUUUAUGUGAAUGUGAUGCAUACUUUUCAAAUUAUGAAUAAUGUGGAAAAAUUGUAUUUCUCUGCUUGUGCUAAUUAAAUUACCCAUUGUGUAAGGUAAUUGUAUUACCGGCAGAGGGGAGGAUUUUGUGUGGGAGUGUCUGAGUGUAAUGUAUGUGUUUAUUGGUUGUGUUCCAAAACCCUGUGGGUGGUACUAAUGUGUAAGAAUGUGUACAUAAGCACAAUAAACCCACAGCUCUGUCUGUUCACUGCUUGACCCUCAACACGGAGCCUUGUCUCGUUCUUGGGGGGAUUUACUGUAUGCUGUUAGAGACUAAUUGCCAGGAGUGUAAGCUGCUUGGGUGCUUUUCCUAUUCAGCUGCUAGCAGCUAUUCGUGAGGUUCCAGUUCUGGAAUUUGGAGUGCUACUUGGUAUCCUGUUUGGGAGUUUGGUGUUCUGCAGUAGCUGUGCCUGCAUCUCUGAAAGGGGACGAUUGCCUAAAAGUUUUUUAACCCCUUGUGUGCUGAAACGGUCCGUUACACAGCCUCCCCUACCAGCCAUCUUCCUGUAUUCCAGCCUCCCUUACAGCCAUCUUCCCUUGUUUCAGCCUCCCUUAUAGCCAUCUUCCUGUGUUUUAGCCUCCCUUACAGCCAUCUUCCUGUGUUUCAGCCUCCCCUACCAGCCAUCAGUGGAUGCACACAAGUAAUACUUAAAGGACCACUCUAGGCACCCAGACCACUUCAGCUUAAUGAAGUGGUCUGGGUGCCAGGUCCAGCUAGGGUUAACCCAUUUUUUCAUAAACAUAGCAGUUUCAGAGAAACUUUCCAGAGCCGGGCGGGAGGGGGUUCCUGAGGGUGGGGGCACCCUCAGGGCACUACAGUGCCAGGAAAACAAGUAUGUUUUCUUGGCACUAUAGUGGUCCUUUAAAGGACCACUACAGACACCCAGAUCACAUCAGCUCAAUGAAGUGGUCUGGGUGUCAGGUCCCUCUACUUUUAACCCUGCAGCUGAAAACAUAGCAGUUUCAGAGAAACUGCUAUGUUUCACUGAGGGUUAAUCCAGCCUCUAGUGGCUGUUUCACUGACAGCCGCUAGAGGAGCACACUGAACGUCCAUAGGAAAGCAUUGAGUAAUGCUUUCCUAUGGGCGGUUUGAAUGUGUGCGCGGUCUCAUUCGGAGCUGAGAGGCUGAGGGAUCCCCAGCGCCAAGGGAGUCCGGCGCUGGAGAAAGGUAAGUGCUGAAGACACACACACUCUCACUUACAGGCGCAUACACACUAGCUAACAGACACACACAUUUACUGACAGAGACACACUCAGCGACAGACAUACAUACACACUCACACACUCACUUACAAAACAUACACUCUCAUUGACAAACACACUCUCACUAACAGACAUCAAACAGACUCACUAAGACACACACACUCACACUAACACUCACACUAACACUCACACUAACACUCACACUAACACUCACACUAACACUCACACUAACACUCACUCUAACACUCACUCUAACACUCACUCUAACACUAACACUCAUUCUAACACGUUUUUUUUAAAAAAUGUAAUCCCCCCAGCCUCCUUACCUUUUUGGAGUGCUGGGGGGAUUCCCUGGGGUCCAGUGGUGCUGCUGGGCUCCUGGGCGGGUGGCCGGUCGGGCAGGCGGGCGCGCGAGGGACCACUUAGUGCUUCCUCUUCAGCUCCCUCGCGCACCGCGUAGGGAUGCCGGAGCGGAAGAUGACGUCAUCUUCCGGCUCCGUUAUCCAGUGCGGUGCGCGAGGGAGCUGAAGAGGAAGCACUGAGUGCUCCCUCGUGCGCCCGCCUGCCUGCCCGACCGGCCACUCGCCCAGGAGUGUGUGUGUGACAGCAGGGCCAGCCUCGGGGGGCCCUGAGGUGGCCGGCUCCUGGGCCCCCCAGGGGAAGAGGCUGGCCCUGUGGGUACAUACCGGGUCGCAGGGGCGGCCGGGCCCCCUGGUGGGCCGGGCCCGGUCGCAGCCGCGACCCCUGCGACCCUGGUAUGUACGCCACUGAUAGAAUCACUUUCUCCUAUUGUGGGAAACUAAUAUCAGGAGAGCUCCACUGGUAUAAGAAAUAAGGAAGUGGUGCCUUACCUUUAAUCAAUCUAAGGAUAAAAAGGGAUAUGCAAACAAAAAGUAUAACUUGAAAAAAGGGGAGAUCUACUAAAUGGUGCCCGAGGGAUCCAGUAUCUGGAGUACUAAAUUCCAUCGAAGUUCCAGUUUUCCUAGUGUUCGACUGACAGGAAGGUAGUGUAAACGAGGUUAGGGUGAGGGAAAAGGCACAGGGUCCACAGAGAACAGGGGACCAGAUAAUCUGGUCUAAAUGCAGAUGAAAAGCCUCAAAGAAAAAAUCUCUUAAUUCACCCUAAGAGUUACCUCGACACUGUGGUCUAAUCACUAGUGUCUACCUGAACCAACUCUCCCUACUAAAGUAAUAAAUAAAUACCUAAAAAUCAAUAACCAAAGUGGUAACAAAAAUAAAUAAUAAAAAUGUGCUACUCAGUGCAGUGAUUAAAGAAAAAUAAAGCGCUAGACGCACGUUUCGGUGUAUUCAAAAAGCCGUCAUCAGAAGCUUGUGAACAUGAGCAGCUUUUUGUUCCAGUUAACAUUCCAUUUUACGGUAUGGUUGUUGCCAUAGCGGGGUUUCUCCCUGGGUCUCAACUCAGUGGACCGCAGCGGUGGUGUACCCGGGUAUGGCGGAGAACAUCUCCCUGUAUCUCUGGAGCAGCUGAGAGGCAUCAGUCUUCUCUAGUGGGUUUAAUUUUUCACCUAGUCUGACUUGUUCUAUCCUACUGGAGGAGUAUGCGAGCAAGUCAGGUAGGGGAAGGCCCUCACUAUCUUCAAUUGAAGAGGCACAUACUGCCACUACGUUUUCCACCCGCUCAAAGUAGGGCUUGAGCAUGUUCACAUGAAAGGCUCUCUAUAUCCUUUCAUCUGAACAUUUUCUUACUAUGUAGGUAGUGUCGCUUAUACGCUCCACUACCCGGAAAGGUCCCUGCCAGGCGGCCUGAAGCUUGUCUUUCUUAGACAGCUACAGCGCCAAUACCUUCUGUUCUACUUCUAGAAUCCUAUCUAAGGUGUCCCUGUCGUACCACCUCUUCUGGCGCCGCUGGGCCGCCUGCAGUUUCUACCGAACGGAGUCAUUGAGCGUCUACAAGAGGCCCUUUAAACCCAGAACAUAGGGUACAAUAGGUACUCCUCCGUCUCCUGUGUUACCCUUCCAGUGCUCCCGUAUGAAGUCUAGGGGUCCCCGGACUUUUGCCCGUAAAGGAGUUUGAAGGGGGAGAACCCGGUAGACGCCUGAGGCACAUCGCGGUAGACAAGCAGGAGAUGGGGAAGACAUCUUUCCCAGUUCCGACAGGAGGCUGUGAACGUCUUAAGCAUCUGCUUGAGCGUGCCGUUAAAACUUUCACAGAGUGCAUUCGUCUGGGGAUGGUAGGGAGAGCUGAACAGCAGCAAACUCUGCAACUCUGCCAUAAUUGUUGGGUCACAGUUGUGGUAAAUUGAGUCCCCUGAUCAGACAAAAUCUUCCUAGGAAAACCCACUCUAUUAAAAUAUAUUACCAGAACCUCGGCCACAGUCUCUGCCUCUAAAUUAUAAAGAGCCUUAGGGUACCUAGUAGCAUAAUCUACCACCGUGAGGAUAUAGCUAUUCCCCCGAGGUGAUGGGCUUACUGAGGGGGCCUAUCAAGUCUACCGCUACCCGGUGGAAGGUUUCCUCGAUAAUGGGUAAAGGGUGUAACCUGGCCUUCUGGCGAUUACCCCUUUUCCUUUUGUCAGGUGUAACACGUCCUGCAGUAAUCCUAAAGAUCCCGUGUAAUCCCCGGCCAGAAGAAGGUCUGGGUUAACUGGUCCUUAGUCUUUUGGAACUCCCAGAUGUCCCGCUAGGGGAAUAUCAUGGCUGAGCUUGAGUAGCUCUGCCCUAAAUUUACGGGGCGCUACCAACUGCCUUUUUGCUAUCUGCGCAGCCCCACUUAAUGUUCUCCUGGUUACCCGGUAUAAGAUUUGUUCCACUCAAAUCUCUCCUGCGCUAUAUCUCCUCGGGGGACACUGCCUCUUUCCUAUAUCCCUCUAGUGUGGGAUCGGCCCUCUGUUCUUGUUCAAAGUCUUGUGGGGGGGAUUUCGGUUAAGGGACUCACCCAAAGUCUCUUCUGGCCAGGCAUCUCCCAGGACGGGAAGCGGUACUGCGAUGUUUGCCAGAGGGUGGGAAAGCGGGCGACCUGAGGUUCCUCGGAGUGCGCUGCCCCCCCCCCCCGCGUGCUUGCGAUCUGGUGGUCACUGGAUAUGAUUCUGCUGGGUAGAGUGUGAGCUGGGAAGUUAGGCAGCCCAGGUCAUUCCCCAAUAACACCUCGGCUGGUAGCUCUUUCAUUAUGCCCACCUCCAGAUGUUUGUCUCUCGAGCCCCAGUUGAGGUGCACCCGGGCAGUGGGAAGUUUAUGGAUGGCUGCCACCCUUACGCUUACUGUCUUGUGGGUGCGGGUUUUGACCUUGUGGCAUUUGUGUCUCUCAGGCCCUGUGCAUCUGUUCCGUCGACGGUGACCCACUGGCGAUGCUCUCUGUUGUCGCCUGCAGCCUGGACUGGAUUUGUCUCGUGUAGAGUUGUCCACUGCUCCUCGCUGGGGUCUGUGUCACUGGGGGCCUCCUGGUGGAAACAAUGGAUGGCUGCCCUGGUGUGUUGGGGUGCUGAUCUUUCCCAACCUCCUCUGUUCCGAUUAGGGCAGUUGUUUUUCACAUGCCCUGGCUGCUGACAAUUGUGGCAUACAAAGGGAGGGCGCCUUAUGGGUGCUGGAGCAGGUGCUGGGUGUAAAGGAGCUGGUCUGGGUGGUGGUGGUGUGGACUGUACUUGGUAUGAGGGCCUGAAAGUGGGUCGCCUGCCGUCCUGGUACUCGUCCGCCAAUUUAGCUGCUUCCUCCACUGUCUUUGGUUUACAGUCUCUCACCCAGUCUCUGAUCUCGGUUGGAGUGUGAUCAAAGAACUGCUCCAGUAUUAAUAGCUGUAACGCAUCCUUCAGCGAAGUUGCCCGGCAGCCCUGCAUCCAAUUUCGUGCAGCAUCGUGCAGGCGGAAUGCCCAUUUGGCAUAGGAGUCCCUUCCUCCUUUUCUGAGGCCCUGAAAUUUUUUUCCGUUACCCCCCUCGUGUGGACGCAUAUCUGGCCAACAAUGUCUCCUUCACCUUUUCAUAGUUCUGUAUUUCCUCACGAGGUACCGCUCUAUAAGCCUCGGCUGCCAGUCCGGAGAGUUUGCUGCUGAGAACCGCAGCCCAAUUAGUCUUUUCUAGCCCCUCCAAAGCACACUGUUGCACAGAGUCCUGCAAAUAACUGUCAAUAUCCAUUUCACCAUCCGUGAAUGCUGAAGGAAGGGAAAUAGCUAAGGUAACCGGUCGGGUUACCUGUGGUCCGCUACAUUUGGUGGCAACGGUGAAAUGGUCCUUCCCAGCCGUGCGGAACCAGUGUGUCACGUAUCCUUCGUAUCGAUGUGGCAGAAACUGAGAUAAUUACCUUCCGAAGAUCGAGGGGAGUGCAGCUUGGUGGUCUUCUGCCAUGAUGCCUGGUUUGUGCACGCCGGCCGCUGCGGACUCACUCAAUUAUAUAGCCCCACAUCCGUACACGGUAAAGACGAUAUCGACGUCCGCAAAAGGGGUGAGAAAGAUGCCCUGGACAAGGAAAUGGAUCGUCGCUUGGCAUACUACAGUGAGAGGCCCUCUGUGGAGAUCAUGACCCAGAUCUUUGCCGAGGCGCAAGCCUAUAUUUUGGCGCAGAGGGCAUGGGCGAACCCCGCAUCCAGCGCUGAUCAGUGGGCUGGGGAAGUCCCAGGGGGUCCGGCCAUCCCAGAACCCUAGCCCAAAGUACCCUACCAAGCCUUCAAAAAGAGGCGGAAGAAGGCAUAGAUGACUUUUUGCAGGACUUUGAGGGCCUCUGCCUGUUAAGUGAGAUUGCCUCAGCAGAGCGGAUUCCCCUCCUGGCCGGGAACCUCACGUGCCCGAGGAGGACCUGCAGAACUACGCUGAGUGGGCUUGCCACCUGAACAAGGUGGGUGCAGUCCCAGCAGGCGAAGACCCCCGAGGAAGUGCUGCAGCUGUUCCUGUUGGAACAGUUCUACUACGGGCUACCCACAGAGAUUCAAGAUUGGGUAAGAGACCGACAGCCUAAGACCCUAACGGAAGCAGCACAAAAAGCAGAUGAGUACGCGACCCCCCAUACGCCUGUCACCCCAGUUCACCUCCCCUGCAGCCACUCUGGCUCCCGCACCAACCCCAGGGGCCCCAAGCCGAGCAGCCGGUCCGUGUCCUGCAUGAGGCAGACCCCAUACAGGCUGCCACAGAUAACCAGGCCCCUCACCAACAGCUGGUCCAGCUGAAUGGACGCAGAUGCAGGGUCUGCGAGAUUCCUGAGCCAUGUUGACCUUUGUGCAGCACCAGCUCGUCGCAGAGAAGGAUCAGACCGGAGGAACCAUUUCUUGUCUGAGUAGCGGGGUAAAGAGUUCACCGCCUGCCCACAACCCGGGUCCAUCUCGAUUGGGUCGCUGGGAACCGAAUUGUGGAGGUCAGGCUCAUGAACAACCUACCCGCCGAUGUGUUGCUGGGCAAGGAACCUGAGGAGGCCUAUCCAGUGACUACCCGGCAGCAAGCCCGCACCAGCCAGGGCAACUCACACUCCGAGGCUCAGGUAGGCACACACACAUGCCCCAAUUUCCCAUAGCCAUCCAAGGAGUACACAACCCCAUGCCAGUCCCCCAUUUGGUGGCAAUGGUGAGAUGGUCCUCUUCCCCGUGGCCCUUCUCCUACUCUGACACGCUUAUCCUGGAUACCCCUGACGAGUUUGGGAGGCAGGUAGUGUCCGACCCUUCCCUGAAGUCCUGCAGAAAUCAGAUGGCCUCUAGUUGAGCUGGUUUGGAUAAUGAGUGGUCCACGUGGGAAAAGGGUUUACUGUAUUGCCUGGUAGAGAAAGGAAAAUCAGAGACCGCUCCUACCACCACCAAACAGUUGGUGGUACCCAGGAAGUAUCGAAAGGAGCUACUGAAGAUAGCUUAUGAUAUCCCCCUGGCAGGGCAUUUGGGACAGGGCCAGACACAUGCCCGACUCACCCAAAGUCUCUUCUGGCCAGGCAUCUCCCAGUACGGGAAGCGGUACCGUCGGUCCUGCGAUGUCUGCCAGAGGGUGGGGAAGCGGGGCGACCGGCACAAGGCCACGCUCCAUCCCCUACCCAUCAUUGAAGACCCCUUCGGCAGAGUAGCUUUUGAUAUCAUAGGUCCCCUGGCUAAACCUAGUCCCUCUGGGAAGAAAUACAUUCUGACCAUUGUAGACUACGCGACACGGUACCCUGAGGCAGUCGCCCUGAGCAAUAUUCAGGCAGAGACUGUAGCUGAAGCUCUGAUGUGAGUAUUCUCCCGGAUCGGAUUUCCCCCAGGAGAUUGUCUCGGAUCAGGACAUCCAGUUUACUGCUGAGGUAAACCACCAGCUGUGGAAGUUAUGUGGCAUUAAACCGAUCCUGAGUUCCCCAUACCACCCCCAGACCAAUGGCCUGUGCGAGCGCUUCAAUGGCAUGCUAAAGCAGAUGCUCGGUACUCAUGCCGCGACUCACAAGGAUUGGGAAAGAUUCUUGCCGCAUCUCCUGUUCGCUUAUCAGGAGGUGCCUCAGGAAUCCACAGGGUUCUCCCCCUUUCACUACCUUGUCAGGGAGCACAGGGAGUGAAAGGGGAAGCAGGAAGGGACCCCUAUCGUCCCAUAUGUGCUGGAGUUUAGGGACCGGCUGGAGGAGCUCACUCACCUGGUGCCUGGUGCAUCCCCACACUAAGACCCAGGUGCUGGCCUUGCUAGGAACCGCUGGAUACUAUAGAAAAUUUGUCCCCAAUUACAGUGCCAUAGCCAAGCCCCUCACUGACCUGACCCGAAAGAACCUACCCAGACAGGUUAACUGGGCCCUGGAGUGUGAGCAGGCAUUCCAAGCCCUUAAGAACACCCUGUAAAUGGUAAAUGCCCCUGUCCUGGCUGCUCCUCAUUCCCGCAAACGUUUUCUCAUCCACACAGAUGCUUCUAUGUUGGGAUUAGGAGCGGUGCUGAGCCAGGUUGGGGACGAUGGCGGAGCACACGCCAGUAGCUUAACUCGGCAGGAAGCAACUACCCAGAGAGGUGAGCUACGCCGCCAACGAGGAGGAGUGAUCUGUGAGCCCUUCCCCGGACAUCCACAAGCCGAUCCGUAGCCGAUGCCGGCUAGUGGUUAAGGGGGAGCUGUGUGACGGAACCCUGGCUGUAACCUCCAGGACUGAGUUUUGUCUAGUUACUGGGGGGAAAAUGGAUGCCUGCUUGUUGUUAGGGUUCCUGAACGGCUGAAGGAAGGGAAAUAGCGGAGGUAACCAGUCGGGUUACCCGUGGUCCGCUACAGCAAUCAAUAUAGUAAAGGAGGAGACUAUAUUUAAAAGAUGAAUUACUACCACAACAAGAGGACAUAGUCUUAAAUUAGAGGGGCAAAGGUUUAAAAACAAUAUCCGGAAGUAUUACUUUACUGAGAGGGUAGUGGAUGCAUGGAAUAGCCUUCCAAUGCCUCAAUGAAUAUUUUUGUUCUGUACUUACAGAAGAAAAUGAAGGAAAGGGACCUCAGUUGAGAAAAAGGAUAAAUGAGUCAUUUAUUACACGUGAGUUUACAGAGGAAGAGGUUCUAUUUCAACUGUCAAAAGUAAAGACAAAUAAGUCAAUGGGACCUGAUGGAAUACACCCAAAGCUAUUAAAAGAGCUUAGUGGUGUACUAGCAAAACCAUUAACAGAUUUAUUUAACCAAUCAUUGUUAACAGGAGUAGUCCCAGAAGAUUGGAAGUUAGCGAAUGUUGUGCCCAUUUACAAGAAAGGUAAUAGGGAGGAGUCGGGCAACUAUAGGCCAGUAAGCCUUACUUCAGUAGUGGGGAAAGUGAUGGAAACCAUGUUAAAGGAUAGGAUUGAUGAACAUCUAAAAACACAUGGAUUUCAAGAUCAGAGACAACAUGGGUUUACUUCAGGGAGAUCAUGCCAAACUAAUCUUAUUGAUUUUUUUGAUUGGGUAACUAAAAUUAUAGAUCAGGGUGGUGCAGUAGACAUUGCUUACCUAGAUUUCAGUAAGGCUUUUGACACUGUUGCACAUAGAAGGCUUAUCAAUAAACUGCAAUCUUUAAGUUUGGAUUCAAAUAUUGUUGAAUUGGUAAAGCAGUGGCUGAGUAACAGGCAACAGAGGGUUGUAGUUAAUGGAAUAUAUUCGAAGCUUGGACUUGUCACCAGUGGGGUACCUGUACUUGGACCCAUUCUCUUUAAUAUUUUUAUUAGUGAUAUUGCAGAAGGUCUUGAUGGUAAGGUAUGUCUUUUUGCUGAUGAUACUAAGAUAUGUAACAGGGUUGAUGUUCCAGGAGGGAUAAGCCAAAUGGCAAAUGAUUUAGGUAAACUAGAAAAAUGGUCAGAAUUGUGGCAACUGACAUUUAAUGUGGAUAAGUGCAAGAUAAUGCAUCUUGGACGUAAAAACCCAAGGGCAGAGUACAGAAUAUUUGAUAGAGUUCUAACCUCAACAUAUGAGGAAAGGGAUUUAGGGGUGAUUAUUUCUGAUGACUUAAAGGUAGGCAGACAAUGUAAUAGAGCAGCAGCAAAAUGCUAGCAGAAUGCUUGGUUGUAUAGGGAGAGGUAUUAGCAGUAGAAAGAGGGAAGUGCUCAUGCCAUUAUACAGAACACUGGUGAGACCUCACUUGGAGUAUUGUACACAGUACUGGAGACCGUAUCUUCAGAAGGAUAUUGAUACCUUAGAGAGGGUUCAGAGAAGGGCUACUAAACUGGUUCAUGGAUUGCGGGAUAAAACUUACCAGGAAAGGUUAAAGGAUCUUAACAUGUAUAGCUUGGAGGAAAGACGAGACAGGGGGGAUAUGAUAGAAACAUUUAAAUAUAUAAAGGGAAUCAACACAGUAAAGGAGGAGACUAUAUUUAAAAAGAAGAAAAACUACCACAACAAGAGGACAUAGUCUUAAAUUAGAGGGACAAAGGUUUAAAAAUAAUAUCAGGAAGUAUUACUUUACUGAGAGGGUAGUGGAUGCAUGGAAUAGCCUUCCAGCUGAAGUGGUAGAGGUUAACACAGUAAAGGAGUUUAAGCAUGUGUGGGAUAGGCAUAAGGCUAUCCUAACUAUAAGAUAAGGCUAGGGACUAAUGAAAGUAUUUAGAAAAUUGGGCAGACUAGAUGGGCCGAAUGGUUCUUAUCUGCCGUCACAUUCUAUGUUUCUAUGUAUAACAGAGUUUAAACAUGCGCGGGAUUGGCAUAAGGCUAUCCUAACUAUAAGAUAGGGCUAGGGACUAAUGAAAGUGUAACGGAUCACCUGGCACCCCGACUGGGUACCUCCGUUGAAGGAUGCUCCUAGCGCUUCCUGAGGACUCCAAGUACUGCAGCAGACACCACAACCACUGAACCGGAGAAGCAUAUGAAUGCUCUCAAGCAUAUGAAUGUUGUAUACAGCCGAAUAGGAAAAACCAUGCGAAUAGGUUUACACUCCUAGCAGUCAAACUGGAACAGCAUACAAUAAAUCCUCCCCCAAUAAUGAGACGACACUUCACUUUGAGGGUUAAGCAGGAACUGACUGUACUGGCACAUACAGCCUCUUUUAUUCCCAAUCCACAAACUUAGUACUGCCCACAGGGUUUUACAGAACAACCAAUCAAUCUGUACAAUACACACAGACACUCCCACACAAAAUCCUCCCCUCUGCCUGUAAUACAAUUACCUUACACAAUGGGUAAUCUAAUUAUCACAGACAGAGAAAUACAGUUUCAUAAAACACAUCACAGGGACCCCAAAACAUGCAAUAACCCCAUAAAAACCGGGGGAUCUGGGUGAACCACAUAUCCGAAAUUCACCCAGAUCCGUUCAGUACUUUGGAAGAUACAGUUUAAUGCAGAUUCUGCAGAACAUAUGCAGGCUAAAUGAAAAACAAUCACUGUAUAAUGUGUCCCCUGCUGUAUAGUCCAAAACCACUGCACGAUGUCUCUGUGCACCAAAUACUGGCGAGAUGGCACCGUGUUGAAAAGUCCAAACAGUGUCUGUGAGUUAAAAUGGCCGCCAUCCAUUGUUCUCACCAUGUGCCUCUGAUACAGGAAAUGGUGGCCACCCAGUAACUCCACAGUAUGUCCCCAGAUGGUUCUUAAAGGGAAAGCAGCAGCACAACACAAAUCCAUUAUGCCCAAAUCAUGUCUUUAAAGGGCAAUACAUCCCAGGGGCCAUAUUCACAUGGCAGGAGGCUGGCAAUCAGUCUUCUCCAAUGCCCAGUGGCGAGGUCGGUUUCACCACAGAAAGUAUUUAGAAAAUUGGGCAGACUAGAUGGGCCAAAUGUUUCUUAUCUGCCGUCACAUUCCAUGUUUCUAGGUCUUUUUAGGUCUAAUAAAACUCCUAACUAAAUCAUUUUUAAUAUUUUUAGCAUCUCCAAUAAUAUUAGUACGAUCACUAUCCGUCUUUAAUAAUACCAAAAUUUAUUGAAAAUGUGUUUGAUAUGUUUAAAUAUGCUGUUAAACUAUGAGGGGGCAGAGCUAGCUUUCGACCCGAGCAGUUGCAGGGACUCUGUCUGUGCAGCACCUAAUAGCUUGGAAUCGGGCAUUCUAAGGGGCACUCCCAACGCUAGCAGAGCUUGGUGGCGAUACCACCAAACUGUCAGAACUAGAGAAAUAGGUCAGUGACUUUACAUCUGCCAACACUACUCUAACCCAUCAGCUGGCAGCCCUGUAAGAUAAAAGGAGAUGGAAGCAUCUGAAGAUCAAGUGAUUGUCGGAUGGCGUUACAGCAACAGAGCUACCACAUUUCCUCCACAGUCUGUUAAUGGCUCUACUGCCCCCAAAACAAGUGAGAGGCAUGUUACUAGAUGGCAUGUUUCGCCUUCCUAAGCUUUAGCCCACCAAGGCUUAGGCCACAAGCGACCUCCUGGUCAAGUUCCAAAACGGGCAACACAAACCUGCCUUCCUUAACGCUACUAGAGGGAAAACCCCGUACCCAUAAGAAGGAAUUAAACUUACGUUCUUCUCAAACCGCUCCCGCACGACCCUAAGAAGUCUCUCCAAGCCCUAAUGUCCACUCUCUCUACACAUGGUGUGAAUUAUCGAUGUCCCUUCUCAUCCAGUACCACAAUGAAAAGCAUAGGGUGUCUGACGCAUCAGAGAAGAACGCUGUCUUGACUAGUCUAGGCUUAGGCCUCACCGGUCCACCUACUGCCACCAAAACAGCUGAUGAAUGCUGUAUAAAACCAAAGAACAACCAUAGUCGGAAAAGUCACCCUUGUAUCACCUUACAUGCGCAUUUGUGCCUAUUUGGAUGUUCAUUGUGCUGAUUAUCUCAUGUCUGAUUGUGGUAUAAAUAAAGAAUUACACUUUUUGAUUAAAACUUUUGUUUGUGCUAAUUAUAUUAUUAUUUGUAUUUUUAUAUUCUAAAAUCCCUUUUAAAAGUGUCAACUUCCUGUAACUGUUUGUUCAGAGCGACUGGGUCAUACUUUUUCUCUAAAAAUUGAUCUUGUAAAAUUUUUUCCUGUCUAUUAAAUUCACCCAGAUCACUACAAUUUCUUAAAAUACAUACAAAUUGACACGUGAGAAUGUUUCUCAACCAAGGUCCAUAGUGACAGCUAGUAAAACUGUUAAUAUUUACCUUUUUAAGAAAAGUCUUUUUGAUCCUACAGUCUUCUACAUAUAUUUCCAAAUAAAAAAAAUGGCUUAUUACAUUCCUGAGUAAGGACAAUAUGUCUUUGAUUAUUAUUUAACAAGGAUAAAAAACUUGUUGAGCGAAUCCUUAUUACCCUUCCAAAUAAAAAAUAUAAGAUGGAUGUAUUUGCGAUAGUGGAACAUAUUCCCACUCCCUGAGACAAAAGCUUCCUCCCAAGUUAGAAAUGAAGUCCUGGCUUACUUUGUUUAGAGACCUCUUGACAAGCAGAGACUCAGUUUGCAUCGGAGGAGAACUAAAAAUAAAUAUUCCACUUUAGCAAAACUGACAAAAUCCUAGUUAUGCACCCCAGGCAUCACAACACCGUCUGGCUCCUAUCAUCUGCUGAGGGCAACAUAGUGUUAGAGCUAGCAUGUGGUCAUGGGGACAUUUUUGCACUUUGAUACAUUGUUUCUGGAAGUUUGAGUUCCACACAUCUUUUCAAAAAGCUUGUGGUUUGGUUUUGUUGAAUUUUUAAAAUUUGCUCUGCAAAAAUUGGACAAAUUGUUGUGUUAAAGUAAGGUUUGUGUGAAGUUUAUUUUAAAGAUAAGAAAAAAUUGUUUCAAUUUAUGAAUUUUUUUUAUCUGACCAAAAAUGUUUUUUGUUUUUUUUAAAUGUCAAUUAAUCGAUUAUAAAACUAAUCGUUAAUUACAGCCCUAGAGGUUCUAGGUUUCCAGAUUUUUGUUUUACAGCUUUAAGAAGGCAUUACAUUCUAAUGCUGAAUGAUAGUGAGUUUGCUAGUCAUACAUAGUAUUACUGCGGACUAUUUCUGGUGAUACAAUUGUCAUCUCGUUAUCUUGAUUUGCCCAUUAGAUCAGGCACAAUGGAGAUCCUCUGGACUACUUUGACAUCAUGAUUUCACUGUACUCAUGUGUAAUUGUAGAAUUAAUGUUUUGUUAUUGAGUUGUUCUGUCUCGACUAAUUACUAAGCACAGAUAAUACAUUUCACUUUGCUGUUUCCUUUGGUCCAGCAUUCACUUUUGCCUUUCUGUCACCAAUUGUAUCGUUCUCUGCUGCUUCAUUUCCUUCUUGAUCUUUCAUUGUUUGUUGCCUUCAUUCUCUGAUCUUCUCAUCUUCUGCUUCCGUUGUUCUCUCUUUGCUGUAGCCAUAAUUUGGUCUAUCUGUUAAUUACUUCUGUUUUCUGCUGCAUUUUUCCUCUCAUCGUCUUGUUAUAUUCUUUUAUUCUCUGCUGUAUCGCUCAUCUUAUUGCUCAUUCAUUCUUUACUGUGUCCUUUUUGCUCACUAUCUUGUCUUAUUCUUUCAUUCUCUGUUACCAUCUGCUCAUCCUUUCUGUCUUAUUAUUAAUUUAUUUUCUGCUGUGUCCCUGUUUCUCAUCAUAUUGUCUAUACGUUCUCUGCUACUUCUCUUUCUGUCUUACUUUGUCACUCUCUGCUGUGCCCCUACUUCUCAUCUUAUAAUUCAUUUAAUCUUUAUCUUUCAUCCUCCUGUCUCAUUGAUUCCUUCUCUGUUCUGUCCUUUCCUCUCAUUCGCUUACCUUAUCAUUUCUGCUGCACCGUUUCUUCUCAACCUUCCGUCGUAUUGUUCCACCAAUGUCUGCUGUGUCCUUUCUACUCACUGCUUGUUUGCCUAUUUUUCUGCAGAAUACAUUUUCCAGGCCAGGAGACCCAGGUACGCCUCAUAUACCAGGGACAACUUCUUCGUGAUGACUCUCAGACAGUGUCUGCACUACAGCUAAGAGAUGGAUGUGUGCUUCAUUGUCACAUUUCCCAGCAUGCUUCAGGUCAGGGCCCUGGAGGGCCAGAGCUAGCCCAGGUACCCCUGAACAUUGGCAGUAUGCUGGUACCUCUUUUGGGCCUGAUCGUGAUCAUCCUUUGGUAUUGCCAGAUUCAGUACCCAUAUGCAUUUUCUGCCACCGCCUCUGCAUGUUUAGGAGGGGUCACCCUGCUCAUUGGUGUAAUGGCCUUCUCUUCCUAUCGCAGAUAAUCUCCCAAAUCUGGGUUGGAAGAUUUCAUGUUUUGCACUUGAUCUUAGUGUGUGUAGCGCAGGACAUCUGAGAGAAUAUUUCUCAGGAAGAACCCUAUGUCGGCGUGUCAGAACAGGCAUACUCUCCUCAAAGGACUGUGAAUAAAAUAUAUAAAAUGCACAUGUUUAAUGUUUUCCAUUUAUAAUUGCACCAUGUUUUGGCCCAUCUAAUUAGUCAUUACUUGGUUGGAGAGGACAUUGAGGAUGACGAGAACCAGACGUAGCCCCAGAAUACUGAUUGAGGUUGAAAGACCUAGUGCUCUGCUCUCUUAACAUGAGACGUUUAACCUCAUGUAUUUUUAGGGUUUGAGAUUCACCUUACCAUAUGUUCUAAUAUCCUCAGAUUAACCACUACAUGUGUUUCUACAGUAUAGAGUGAGUCAAACUCCACUGGUCUCGGUCAGCUCCAUAUUACAAAGUCACUUCACUUGGUUUAGGAUUAAUGCCAGAUCUGUGAUAUACGGCGUAAUCUGAGCACCGUCAACAUACCUGCUCUCAUUUGUACAAAAUCAUCAUUUAGCCAGGAAACAAUAUUUAAUGUAUAAAAUGUCCAUAAGCCUCUCUGACCAUUUUUAUUUCACAAUUAUUGUGACACCCACGAUAUGUAACAAAAGUGCUAUUUCUGCUUCUUUGUUAAUCUUACACAUACCCACACAUUAUAAUCUCUCAAACUUUGUAUCCAUUCAUUAUUUGUGUUAAGAAGAAAUGAAAAAUUAAACGUGUGUGAACAUGUGUUGUUUUAAUGCACUAGAUAUACGUGAAGAGCAUUCUGUAAAUGAAAUUGCAGUUUUAUCAAGCACAUCCCAUGUUUCAGAUAAAUAUUCUUUAAGAUGUCUUGAAAUCACAAAGCAGUUGGUAGUAAAAGUACCAUGAGGGAAAACACGUGCCCGCUGUAAUAUGGAACUAAAUUGCCCGCCUGGCAAAGCAGCAGUGCCCAUAUUUGCUGAUAUUAGCGUUUAUAUCGUGCCAACGUUGUACAAUUAUCCACUAGGGAUAUAUAUUGCAGGGCCUGCACAGUGUCCAAUAUCCAAGGAAUGGUGGGAUGGAAUGGCAUGUCUGACUCCUGUGUGUAGUUAAUCCUGCAAUAGGUGUUUAGAGGAACUAAGAGGACAGACAAUAGUAGACUUUCCUGAAGUGGUGGGCUAUAAGUGACUUGUUCAAUGACUGGGGAAGUCUGCAGGACGAGAUGGGGAAUGCCAUUGUGCAGUUCUUGAGAAAUCCUGUAGUUAGAAAUGAGCAAAGUGAGAAUGAACCGAAGACCAGAUGAGGUCAUUAGCGUGAGUGAAGGGAACGGGAGGAGGAAAUGAAAUGGGUGGAAUUGUAAUGGUUGGCACCUUCACGUCUGUACUUUGAAUCAGAUCCUAAAGGGUUCUGGAAGCCAAUGCAAGGAUUAUAAAUGAUCACAGGAUUGCUGUGAUUGGUCGCACAUAUAAAGAUAUAUUAAGGAAUCAUUUAUGUGUUCAUUGUAUGCAUCUUGUUACAUUGCACAACCAUUCAUUUGUUAACGUCGCCCUGGUUGAAUAAGUUCUCUACUCGUUACUUGUGAAAGGGGGUAAAAGACUGGAUAAGAUGAGAGAGAAUCAGAUCAGUGGAUGAAAUAAUAGAACAGGAGCAACGGAAUUCAAUGUGGGUGAAGGAACAGAUUCUCACCAAUCUUACACAGUUUGUGACAUAGCACUAAUAUUACUGUUACAGUGCUGUCGGUGACUUUUUCUGUGUUGGACGUUUUAGUGUGAUUUUGUUUGGCUACCUUUAACUACAUAAAUUCAGCGAGUUACAGCAUUGACAACAACUGCCUGUAUUAAAUCUGCAUUUUAAAAUUCUUGUGAAAAUAAUGUUUUUAGGGCCCAGACAAAAAAGAGAAAGGUUGUAAUAUACCUUAUGGAAAUAUAUUAGUGGAAAUGAACGGACCUAUAUCUGUUCCGUAUGUUAGUAGUUAAAACUUCACUUUUACUAAAUACAGGAUAAAAAAUUCACAGCUAAUCAUAGACCAUACAGUGCUACCAAAAAAUAGACAAACAGAAAAUAAUAAACAAAUAAAUAUUAGGGAAUGUCUACUAAAUGGUGGCAACGUGGUAGUAGAAUUGGCACCUAAAAAUGUAUGUGGUAGACAGCCUAAUCAAAAAACAAACAAUUUGUAAAAACACAUAGCGGUAACUUACUCUAUUAGAUCAAAUCGCUCACUAGGUACAACAAGCAAGAUGUUGCUGGCAUAGUAUGAAAGGAUAUUGUUGCCAAUAUAUUGUGCAAUUAUGUAUCCAAAAAAAAACAACGUUAUUCAUAUUGAAUGACUCUAGUAGACAGGGGAGAGUAAAUAGUUCCAGAUAACUGUGUACAGAUUGACCCUAAUGUGCCUUCGACUACAUCCCUCAAUACUAAAAACCCUCCUUACAGUAUUCCUAGGUGCAGCAAACCUCCCACCAAUGAUAUACUAUAGCGUAGCAAUUGUCUGAAGUAUCGUUAGAUUAGAUUGCAAAAAUCACAACUUAUUAGAUGAUACCAUGUCCCGGUCGAUAUGUGAAUAGAUUUAGCUAGAUGUGAGCAGUGUUGCCCCAACACACGUUUUGCCUUUCAGCCCAUCAGAGGGGAACUGGACUUAGACUAUGUCCGGUAUAAAUAGGAGUUACCUUAUCCUGAUUGGACAGUUGGGAUCUUGAAUGCUACAAUCAGCAGCCUCAAAGGGAAUGGAUAAAAAAAAGAGAGAAAGUGGGGAGUGGUGAAAGAACUUGUGAAAAUAACUAAUGGACCCAAGUAAUUCAAUGAUGGAUUAAUUUUGAUACCAAAUUUGUUGCAAUAAUAAAAAUUAAGGAAUACCUCUAGUAACUAAUAACAUAUCCACAUCAAAUAUGACAGGUCCGAAAAAGGCAUUUAUGAUCCAAUGUAUUGUAUUCUAUACAUGAUUGAGCAUAUAAUCCAUACAGCAUGACAUUCACUAAGUUUGCCAAGACAAGUGACAUAUGUAUGUAUUAAAGCCAUAUGGCCUGUAAUUGUGGGAGGGGCUUAUUACUUUACUUACCUAUUUAAGGAACACCCCUUACUUGGCUCCAUACCAUUUGAAGUCAGCGUUUGAAUGAGAUCCACUUCCGGGUUCAUCCAGACGCCAUUUUUUGUCAGUACUUGUGCUCCACAAGGUCUUUCUACUUCAGCUGUGUUUUCAGGAUUCAAGCUACAAGGUUUUCCGGUCAAACAGUUUUCCAGCGACGCAGAUUGAGUCCUAAUACCAAACCGUAACCAUCCCACGGCGUCCUCACGGUUCGGGUCCUCACCUUACGGUUUCCAUUUGUAUGUUUUCACAUGCUGCCGACACUUUACAGUGUCCGUUCGUUUGCAACUUUUGUUACAUGGUCCAUUCGUUUCCUUUACUCAUCCUUUACUAUAGCUUGGUUGCUUCAUCUAAGUGUUGCUUCUAAGUGUGUAGUUGGAGAUAUUCUGGAGAGUUUUACAGAAGCUUCAACUGUCUAAGAGUUGUGCUAAGAGCUUUCUUUUCUACUGUUACAGGUAAGAUUCAUCUGUAGGAAAAGGUUACUGAUUGCACAAGGUUUGAAUUCCUGUUGGUAAUUAUAAGGCAUUUGAUUUGAUUAAGCUAGUUACUUGCUGUUGAUUGCUGGUUAAUUAGCUAUUGUUUGCAAAUAAGCAGAGGCCUACCCAGGUGUUAAACAUUCCUAGUGGGCGGUGAUUUUAGGAGUUAUAUAAGGCUUGGUCUCAUUAGCUUGUCUAAUAUAGCUUGGUUGCUUCAUCUAAGUGUUGCUUCUAAGUGUGUAGUUGGAGAUAUUCUGGAGAGUGUUGCUUCUAAUUGUGUAGUUGGAGAUAUCUGGAGAGUGUUGCUUCUAAGUGUGUGGUUGGAGAUAUUCUGGAGAUAACCUGGAGGUAAUCUGAGGUAUUCAGGAGGAUAAAGAAAAAAGUUAAGAUUUGUUUGAUUUAAAUUAUUCUCCUCAUUGGAAUGGCAGACUUAGUUCAGUGUAAUAGUUGCUAUGCAUUUGUUUCACGUUCCACUUUUUGGAGGUUUGGUUGUUGUCUAAUCUGUAGACAGUUCUCUAUCUUGCGGCAGGAGAUUGUAUUUUUGAAGUCUGAGAUUUGUAAAUUAUCUGGUGAACAAACUCAGACUGGAACUGCUGCAAAGCCAGUGCCGCAGAGACAUACUAGGAAUGGCAGAUGGAUUACUGUAGGAUCUGGUAGACAUAGAGUUGUGGAUAAAAGGCAUUUUGCACAGUCUGUUGCUCUACAUAAUUCAUUUUCUGCACUUUCAGAGUGUAAUGGUGUUGUGGAGAGAGGCACUGAGGCUAGUGGUGUUGUGGAGAGAGGCACUGAGGCUAGUGGUGUUGUGGAGAGAGGCACUGAGGCUAGUGGUGUUGUGGAGAGAGGCAAUAAGACUAGUGGUGUUGUGGAGAGAGGCACUGAGGCUAGUGGUGUUGUGGAGAGAGGCACUGAGGCUAGUGGUGUUGUGGAGAGAGGCACUGAGGCUAGUGGUGUUGUGGUGAGAGGCACUGAGGCUAGUGGUGUUGUGGAGAGAGGCACUGAGGCUAGUGGUUUUGUGGAGAUGGACAAUGGCGGUCUUGUGAGGUGUCUUCCCGGAGCUAUUGCUCACAGAGACAGGAGACGUAUCUGUAAUAUUGUUAAGCAAGCAAAGCAGGAAGGAGAAUUGCAUGUACUUGUCCAUCUAGGGACAAAUGACUUGGCUUGCAAUGAGGUUUCAGAGGUUAAGGAAGUUUUUAGUGUUUUUGCCAAUGAUAUACGGCCGCAGAGCAAGUUAUAAGAGCUUCCAAAUCACACACAGAAGAGAAAAUAGCACAGUUAGUAAAAAAGGGAGACAAAACAUUUUUUAGAUACAUAAAUGAGAAAAUAAAAGUAAAACAAGGAUUAGUUAGAUUAAAAACAAAAGAAGGAAGGUAUGUAGAAGAGGAUAAAGGUCUAGCUGACUGCCUCAAUUAAUAUUUUUGUUCUGUAUUUACAGAUGAAAAUGAAUGAAAGGGACCUCAGUUGAGAAAAAGGAUAAAUGAGUCAUUUAUUACACGUGAGUUUACAGAGGAAGAGGUUCUAUUUCAACUGUCAAAAGUAAAGACAAAUAAGUCAAUGGGACCUGAUGGAAUACACCCAAAGCUAUUAAAAGAGCUUAGUGGUGUACUAGCAAAACCAUUAACAGAUUUAUUUAACCAAUCAUUGUUAACAGGAGUAGUCCCAGAAGAUUGGAAGUUAGCGAAUGUUGUGCCCAUUUACAAGAAAGGUAAUAGGGAGGAGUCGAGCAACUAUAUGCCAGUAAGCCUUACUUCAGUAGUGGGGAAAGUGAUGGAAACCAUGUUAACGGAUAGGAUUGUUGAACAUCUAAAAUCACAUGGAUUUCAAGAUCAGAGACAACAUGGGUUUACAUCAGGGAGAUCAUGCCAAACUAAUCUUAUUGAUUUUUUUGAUUGGGUAACUAAAAUUAUAGAUCAGGGUGGUGCAGUAGACAUUGCUUACCUAGAUUUCAGUAAGGCUUUUGACACUGUUGCACAUAGAAGGCUUAUCAAUAAACUGCAAUCUUUAAGUUUAGAUUCAAAUAUUGUUGAAUGGGUAAGGCAGUGGCUGAGUGACAGGCAACAAAGGGUUGUAGUUAAUGGAAUAUAUUCGAAGCUUGGACUUGUCACCAGUGGGGUACCUCAGGGAUCUGUACUUGGACCCAUUCUCUUUAAUAUUUUUAUUAGUGAUAUUGCAGAAGGUCAUGAUGGUAAGGUAUGCCUUUUUGCUGAUGAUACUAAGAUAUGUAACAGGGUUGAUGUUCCAGGAGGGAUAAGCCAAAUGGCAAAUGAUUUAGGUAAAUUAGAAAAAUGGUCAGAAUUGUGGCAACCGACAUUUAACGUGGAUAAGUGCAAGAUAAUGCAUCUUGGAUGUAAAAACCCAAGGGCAGAGUACAGAAUAUUUGAUAAGAGUCCUAACCUCAACAUAUGAGGAAAGGGAUUUAGGGGUGAUUAUUUCUGAUGACUUAAAGGUAGGCAGACAAUGUAAUAGAGCAGCAGGAAAUGCUAGCAGAAUGCUUGGUUGUAUAGGAGAGGUAUUAGCAGUAGAAAGAGGGAAGUGCUCAUGCCAUUGUACAGACCUCACUUGGAGUAUUGUACACAGUACUGGAGACCGUAUCUUCAGAAGGAUAUUGAUACCUUAGAGAGGGUUCAGAGAAGGGCUACUAAACUGGUUCAUGGAUUGUGGGAUAAAACUUACCAGGAAAGGUUAAUGGAUCUUAACAUGUAUAGCUUGGAGGAAAGACGAGACAGGGGGGAUAUGAUAGAAACAUUUAAAUAUAUAUAAAGGGAAUCAACACAGUAAAGGAGGAGACUAUAUUUAAAAGAAGAAAAACUACCACAACAAGAGGACAUAGUCUUAAAUUAGAGGGACAAAGGUUUAAAAAUAAUAUCAGGAAGUAUUACUUUACUGAGAGGGUAGUGGAUGCAUGGAAUAGCCUUCCAGCUGAAGUGGUAGAGGUUAACACAGUAAAGGAGUUUAAGCAUGCGUGGGAUAGGCAUAAGGCUAUCCUAACUAUAAGAUAAGGCCAGGGACUAAUGAAAGUAUUUAGAAAAUUGGGCAGACUAGAUGGGCCGAAUGGUUCUUAUCUGCCAUCACAUUCUAUGUUUCUAUACAAACUCCCUAAUGGGAACUCCUUACCACGGUUAUCUGUAUACACAGUUUCCAUUCGUAUACUUAAUCGCACGAACAGCGGUUUCAACAUAACCCCAAUACUGACCUCUACAGGUCAACCUUCAUAUUACAGCAUAAUUUACAUUAUGAAUUGUUGGGAUUUCUGGCAUAUUUCGAGUAUCUGUGCCAGGCAUAAGGUACUAUUGGUGGAGGCUUACAGCUUGUAGUAUGACUCUUAAAGUCAAUUCAUUUGCAGAUUCAUCAGUUGUGUUCUACUUCAUUUUUUCAUUGCAUUGAUCAUUGCAUUUUUAUUUAUUACUAGUGGUCUGCAGGUUAUUAUAGAUACAGUUAUGGCUUAACCCCAUAAGGGCACAGCUUCAGAAGCUUGUCUUACGCUUAAUGACACAAGCAAUCUUUGCAUUUUCUUGCUGUAUGCGUUCAACUGCAAUUUGCAUCUCUCUCGUUUAUUGCACCAACACAUAUUAUAUACUGUUUUUUAAAGGACAGAAAGGGCUUUAAUUUGAUGUAACAUAUAUAUAUAUAUAUAUAUAUAUAUAUAUAUAUAUAUAUAUAUAUAUAUAAAUGCUUAUUUAUUAUUAAAAAAAAUGCAAAAAUAAAAAAAGAAAAAUGUUGUGUUUUUUGUACAGUUUUUGCAAUAAUAAUGUGUGCCUAAUUAGUGCAGGUUAAAGAAAGUAAUUAAAAAUAAAUUCAUUUAGUUGUUCUGAUUUAAAGAAUAUAUAAUGUGCCUGGGAUUUUAAUUUUUUUUUGGUAGUUACAGGUUACAAAGCACAAGGAGUAAAAUAAACUUUAAAUGUGCAGCGAUUUUAGAAUUUGGUAUGUUUGUCUUGUAAGCUUAAUAACCAUAAAAGAAAACAAAAUUGCCACACAAAAGUAUAUAUUUAUAUAAAGUAGACAUCACAGGCUAUUGUCCUAAGGUUGUUUUGACACUUUCUACGUAGCCAUUUCACCGCCAACCUCUGCUAAAUAUUGGAGUAAAAUUUAGUUUUUUGGGUUUUUGGCACACAAACUUAUAACAAAGAACUUCUCAUGUGUAUUUUGUAAAGUUGGUGUGUGCUAUUCCUGUACAAAGUUUUAUUUUGUGUUCAGUUACUUCUGCUGAGUACAGACCCCCAUUGUAUGUCUUUGGCACUAUUUCGUGAAGCUACAGUGCCAUAUAGGAGACAUGUCCGUUUCAACAUUUACAAUAGAAUUUUGAGAGGCGGAUUUAAUGGGCCUAUGCUUCAAUUUGAGGUAUUAUAGCAGUUUGACUGUUCAAAAAACCCCACAACGGCCUACCAUUUGUAAAAGUAGACACUCCAGGGCAUCUCAUAUGGUGCAUAUUGUGCCUUAACAUGCCCCCAUUUUUUCACCAAUAUAUGCCAAAGUAUGUGGUAAAAAAAAAUUUGGGGCAUUUUUUUACAUACGGAUUACAUUUUUGCUGGUCAUUUUGACAUUUCAUAUUUGCCACUAAGUUCAAACCCCCCAAAUUAUGCUCAGCUAAGUCUUCUGAGUAAAACAAUAUGCCCAAUGUAUGACCUAGACACUAUUUUGUGAAAUUACAGUGCUGUAAAAGAGACGUGACAAGUUCAGGUUUUUAAGUGUGAAUUUUCAUGGAGGGUUUUGAUGCGUCCAUGUCCCACUUUGGAGCACUUGAGCAGGCUGCAUAUUACAACUACACCAUAAAGGCCUACCAUUUCUUAAUGAACACAUCCCAGGGUAUUUCAAAAGGCAUAUUUUAAACGUUAGCGUGGGAUAAUUUUUCUGCUAGCUUGUACCAAAUGUAGUGGUAAUAAGCGUUUUUUUUUGCCUUUUUGACACACACAGUGAGUUUGCACAGUAUAUUUUGCAAAUCGUAUGUGUGCUAUGACUGUAUAAUACUUCAUAUGUUGCUCAGCUAUGUCGGCUGAGUACAGCAAUACCCCCGUAUGUACCUUUGCCUGGUAUAUGUGGACAUCGGAGGGGCACAUUUGGGACACAGCCAUUCCAGUUCUUUUCAAACUUUAAAUUUUUACACUGUGUCCAUGUCCCAUUUUAGAGUAUUUUACCAGGCUAUAUAAUCCAAAUACCCCAUAAAGGCAUACCAUUUCUUAAAGAAGACAUCCCAGGGUAUUUCAAAAAGCCUAUUUUGAACCUUAGCGUGGGAUCAUUUUUCCGCUAGCUUGUACCAAAUGUAGUGGUAAUAAGCAUUUGUUCUGCCUUUUUGACACAUAAAGCGAGUUUGCUCAGUAUAUUUUGCAAACCUUAUGUGUGCUACCACUGUAUACUACUUCAUAUGUUGCUCAGCUAUGUCGGCUGAGUACAGCAAUACCCCCGUAUGUACCUUUGCCAGGUAUAUGUGGACAUUGAAGGGGCACAUUUGAGACACAGCCAUUCCAGUUUUUCUCAAAUUUUGAAUUUUUACGCUGUGUCCAUGUCCCAUUUUAGAGUAUUUUACAAGGCUAUAUAAUCCAAUUACACCAUAAAGGCAUACCAUUUCUUAAAGAAGACAUCCCAGGGUAAUUCAAAAGACAUAUUUUGAACCCUAGCGUGUGAUCAUUUUUCCACUAGCUUGUACCAAGUAUAGUGGUAAUGAGCAUUUUUUAAUGUAUUUUUUUACUUUGUAAAACCCGUUUUUAAACUUUUUUUUAACUUAUUAAAUGUUUUACACUUUCUUAACCUUUUUACACUUUUAAAUUUUUUUCUAAACUUUUCUUUUACCGUUAACCCCUAACUAGCAGUAAGCAGCACUAACAGUAAAUUCCCCCCUUUCCCAUAACUCCCACCCACUCCAGCUAGCAAAAUAUAUAUAAUUAUAAAAUAUUUCAAUUAAUUAAAUAAAUUGAACCCCUGUGUAGCGGAGAGGCAGUAUAAUCCACGAUAUCUCCGCUGGGUAACAGGAACAACAAAGGAUAAUCCAGGGAAUCAGCAUACAAUCAUCCAAACAGCACUGCAGUAACCCUUCCUUCCCAAGAACUAGACGACACAUAGGCUGGGAGUCAACUGAGGUCUUUUAAUUCAGCUCCACAAUUUAUACAAGUCCCCAUGCAAGGGGUUUCCUGAGUCCCCUCCCAGGGGCAUUUCCAGAGGGGACUACAUGGGGGACUUACAGUACAGGACAUUUAUCCCAUCAGGCACUGCUGCACGAGAGGGAUCCUCCCCCAGGAAUAUACCGUUAAGUGGAUUAUUCCUCCGUGCAGCAGAACUCACAAUUCACCUUAAAUUCAAUAACUCUAUGAAUAUCUGGUUCACUUAAACGAAUGGACGUUCGGUAGAUAGCUGGGGUCGGAGCGCAUCAUUCAUGAGAUAACCGCUCAGAUCCCAGCUAAAACUACCGAACGCCGCACGAAAAACACAUUCACUAACACAUAGCCUUAAAAUACCGAUUACAGAUAGUGAACCAAAAUACCGAAUGUCCCGACCUCCCGAACGGUCUGGAGGCUCAGCAGUGUUCGCGCCGUUGAGUAGCCGUUUUUAGUUCCACGCGCUCGAUGACCAAACACCGCUGAGGGAACAAAGGAUCCAAGAUGGCCGCCGGCCGCAUGGUCGGUAGUCGAACGACGGCCACCCAGGAGAGCCUCUAAUUACCGAUUGCAACAUUGUUGCAAUCGGUUAAUAGGCGCCACACGCCUCUAAGUGUGUGGGCUAUUAAAUGAUAUGUUGUUCGGUUCCCGAACGCCCGCAAAGGUGCCGUUCGUGAAACAAAAGGAAUCAGCUAUCUGCGUUCGGCAGAUAGCCCAGGCAGGCAAUACAUUAUUAACAGUGCAUUACAUUACACGCUAUGACAUACAAUAGUAACCCCAUACCGGCAACCCUUAAAGAGACAGUACAAAAUAAUGUCCAAGUGGCUAGGUUUGCCACACCCCUGAGGGCUAAAAAUAAAUAAAAGUUAAUCCUCAGUGGUUAAAAUUAGAUUACAGUAUAAUACUGUGAUCUGUAUUUUGAUCACUGUGGUAAGGUGAUCAGCCGCAGAGAAGGGGGUUAAUUUUAUUUAGACUGCAAAAGGGUGGUAUUUUUUUUUUUUACUUAAACGCCACUAAAACAUCAUUUUUUAAAACUUUUUACCUUUUAAAGCUUAUUUUAAAACUUUUCUUAACGUUAACCCCUAGUUAGCCUAACAAUACCCCACUACCUGCACCACCCAAUUCCAGCUAGCUAAAUAUAUAUAAUUUUAAAUAUUUAAAUUAAUUAAUAAAAUAAAAUUUAACCCCUGAUAGUUAAAAAAAAAAAAAAAAAAAUUAACCGUCAGGGGUUAAAAAAAAAAAAUCAGAUGACAUUAAAAUGUAUACUCUGCCAGUUGAUCACUGUAGUCACUGAUACAUCGGCAGGGAAGGUAUUCAUUUUAUUAAAGCAGGAGAAAGGGGGGGUGGGGUUUAACUUUUUUUUUUUUUUUUUUUACACAGGGAGAAGAUCAGCAGCACUGAUCCGUGUCCCUGCACUUCACACAGAACCCGGAAGUGCAGGGAGGCGGAAGGUGAGUACUGAGCACAUGUGCUUGCUCUGACAGCCUGUCAGAGCGAGCACCGGUGCUGGGGAAGCCCAAUCGAGUGCCCCCGGUCUGCCUCUAAUACAGAGGCAGACCGGAGCACCAUUAACCCCGCAAUCGCAGCGAUCUGGGGUUAAUGUUAGUAAAUGACCGUCAACGGUCCUUAACUGAAGGACAAGGUUAACGUAAAAUUUCCGUCUGCGGUCGGGAAGGGGUUAAAUAUACCUAUUUUGUUAUUAUUAUUGACCAUGUCCUAAAACAUAAAAAUACAAUCAUUUUAGCCGACGGUCUAGUUUUUAUUAUGUUAUACCUCUAUAAAUUGUCACCUAUAUGUAAUCCAUGUUGCCAUCAGGCUCAUUCCCUAGACACACCAAAGAUAUACGUGGGAAUCUUUCAUCAAUCACAUAGCUACUCGUAGCACUCGGUUCAACAUUAUUUUCCAUACAGUAUACCUAUGCAUUGCAAUUAAAGUCCAUUAUUUACAUAAACGGACUCCACUACCAAUCACUCACAGUCACACCUUCUGAGUGUGGCUAUUCAUGCCUGAACGGAGGGCUAAGCUAUUAUAGUAUCCCCACAUAGGGGGAGGAAUUUGCAACAUACAAGUAACUAUCUGACAGAGCGUUUUGCUCUAAUACAUGUAUGCUUGCCCGCCUCUUGCCUUUGGACUAUGGACCAGACUUUAUGUAAAUGUGUUAACCCAGAUAGCUAUGCCAUGGAGCCCAUUCGUGUAGUUAAGACUUCGGCUCCAUGGCAAUUGAACUGUGUGAAUAGGAUCUGAACGCUAUUCGGUAGUUUUGUGCGCUCAGAUCCCAGCUAUCUGGGGAUAUGUGAAAUGUCUGUGUGUUAUGUGUAAAAGGUGACUUUAUGUAUUUUAAAGUGUUUUAUGUCUUUUUGCAACCAUGUGCUCAAUGGAGUCUGCCUCUAUCCCUGGAUAAUUGGAUUACUUUCCCCAUUGUCUCCAGGAUAGAGGGCUCUGUAAAACCUGUUUGAGCCAGAUAGCCAUGUGCCAGCCAGGGCCCAAAAGAUACUUUUACUAACUUUUGAACCCCUGGUCGGAUUCAUGCCAUUUUUUAAUAUGUUGUUCCCCUGAAUGGAUUGAUUGUGAAUAUGUAAUUUUAUGUGAAUGUGAUGUAUGGUUUUAAAGUUAUGAAAGUUGGGUAGAAAGUAUGUUUUAACUGUAUGUGUAAUUGAGUUUCCUCUCAGGAUAAGGGGAGGGAAUAUGUGGGAUGUAACUGAUAUGUGAUUGGUUGUUUUAUACCUCCCUGUGGGCGGUCCUGUAUGUGAAAGGCUGUAAUAAAAACCAGGCUGGGUGUUCCAGCACAGGAGUUCCUGUUUUAACCCUCAAAGUAAAGUGUCGUCUCAUUAUUGGGGGAAGGAUUUAUUGUAUGCUGUUCCAGUUUGACUGCUAGGAGAGUAAACCUAUUCGUAUGGUUCCUAUUCAACUGUCUACAGCAUUCACAUGCUUGGGAGAAUUUAUUUGUUUCUCCGGUUCGGUGAUUGUGGUGUUUGCCAGAGUGCUUGGAGUCUUCAAGAAGCGCUAGGAGCAUCCUUCAACGGAGGUACCCAGUCGGGGUGCCAGGCGAUCUGUUACACUGACCAUCCCUGAGUUUGUUUUAGCUUUUGGCAUUUAUAGAGAUGUGAUUUGUGCAGUUUACCCAAACAGAAGGGAAGAAUUUGAUCUAUACAUGCACAAGCUGGUAGACCUAGGCAAAAAAUAUGGUGGUACAGCGUUUUACGACCAAAGUGCCAAAGUGUCUGGUGCUCUCUCCCAAUUCGGGAAUAGAACCAACUGGAGCAAACUGGUUACCGAAAUAUCCUGCAGACACUUUGCAGGUCUUAAGACACCAGCUUGUGCAUCCUGCUCUUCUACUACCCAUACGACCAACUUUUGUCCCAACACAGCGGAUGAUCACUCUUAUACUCCAGUCCCUAGCACCUCUGGUAGAACGGAAAGAACUACCAGAGACAAAUUGGGUGGUCCCAUUAUCUUUUUUGGCAAAUCCAAGAUGUGCAACAAUUUCAAUGUUGGCACAUGUAGUUUCAGUGCAUGCAGACUGUUGCAAAUAUGUUCAAAAUGUUUCAGGGAACAUGCUAAAACCAUGUGUCCUAAUAAAAUGUACCCUAAACCGUACUUAACGUCGUAAACAUUACUGCAUUUUCAGCAUUAUUGACUCAUGACCCUUCCAGACAUUUAGUAGAUUUCCUAAUCUCGGGAUUGUCAGAGGGCUUCCAUACGGGUAUAGUACAUAUGCCUUCAGGGAAUAUUGAAUGCCCAAACUUGCAGUCAGCACAAAAGAACCCAACGGCUGUAAAUACACUCAUAGCCCAAGAAAUUGCAGAUUGCAUUCUACUCUGACCUUUCCAAUCCCCACCAUUUACAGCAUGGAGAACAAACCCCAUUGGGAUUGUCACAGGGAAAUCUUCCCUCAAACAGAGACUGAUCAUAGACUUGUCAGCACCACACACCUCUGCUACCCCAAGUCUCAACUCCGUCAUACCCUCCGAGGAGUUUCCCCUAACAUACACCACCAUUGAUCAUGCCAUUACAGCCAUCAUUCAAGCAGGGGUUGGAGCUUGGUUAAGUAAGACUGAUAUCAUCAACGCAUUCAAACUGCUACCAAGCCACCCCACAUUUGGCACUUACAUGGUGUUAAAUGGGAAGGCAGUUACUAUUUUUAUUCCCGUUUAACUUUUAGGUCAAAGAGUAGCCCAAAAAUGUUCGAUAUAUUUGUCAAAACUCUUUGCUGGUUAUUAUUAAACAUACCCAGAUGCCCCACAGUCAUACACUAUCUAGAUGACUUCUUAAUGGUCGAAGAGAACACUUUUCCCCCUAGAAGCCUCAUGGAAGCAAUAAGCCUGUUUGAACACUUGGGUGUCCCAGUUUCCCUUAAAAAAACAGAAGGCCCGGAUACUAUCAUUACAUUCCUUGGCAUCCAACUUGACUCUACAUCCAUGCAAGCAAGUUUACCACAAGACAAAAUAGGGAACAUUCUCAACAACAUUAAUCACUACCUUCUGCUUGGUUCUUACAACCGCAAGGAGCUACAAUCCCUACUAGGUUCCUUAAAUUUUGCCAUGCGCAUCAUACCACAAGGCUGCACUUUCAUAUCUAGAUUACAUUACUUUUUCCUACAUUUCCGACAUGACGAUCAUAGACUGUCCUUAGAUACCCAAGCCACAGCAGACCUACUCAUGUGGAAGAAGUUCUUAACCACAUGGAAUGGUAUAAGCAUGUUUCUCCCAGGAUUGUCUGAGACAUCACCAACCAUAUGGUCAGACGCGGUGUCUACCAUGGGUUUUGCAGCAAUCUAUUGGAACGAAUGGCUUUGGGGUAGUUGGCUUGUAUAAGUCCAGGAUCUGGAAGGCUUUUCCACUCCCUCAGCUCUUUUUGAGAUCUACCAUGUCGCUGUGGCAUGGGGUCAUUUAUGGUCAGGUUGGUGGUGCUUUGUUACUCAGACAAAAAAGCCACGUGCCAUAUCAUCAACGAUGGCGCUCAUCAUCUUUAACGAUCAUGAGAUUUCUAAGGAAACUCAUUUGGUUGGCCGCAUGUCACAGUUUCUUUUUAGUUUGCUUUCAUGUAUCUGGUGUUUGUAACAUCGCAGCUGACAAUUUGUCUUGAUUUAAUUUCCAGGCAUUUCAUCAAACUCUGCCUACAGCCGCUCAAGCAGCCACAGCCACUCCAUCGUUCCAGCACUUAAUCAUGGAUUAGACAUACUCAUGCAACAUAGCAGGGAACUGUCCCAAUUUGCACUUUUGUCCAAUACUCGUAGGACGUAUAACAGAGCCUUCACCUUGUAUACAAGAUUCCUGUUGGAACACAAAUAUCUCAAAAUUUCUCAAAUAUCUCAAUAUCUCAAGCCUAUCCUAGGCUUUGCUUCUUUUUGCAAUCUUAAACUGAAAUUAUCUCACAACACCUUAAAAUUAUAUCUGACAGGCAUUCAACACCACAUGUUAACCUUAUGGCCAAACAACCAGAGCUUCAUGUCAUCAUAUCAGAUAAACAACAUACUCAGGGGUGUUCAGAAAACUGUUCCCCCACGUACAUCACAGAGACUACCCAUAGACAACCACCUUUUCAAAUCUUUAUCUAACCUAUUACAUUUAAAACCAUUUGUUUCCAACACCAACACAGUAAUUAAAACAGCCAUGUAUAUAGCUUUACGGUUUUCUAAGGGCAAGAGAGUUUACUACUAUCACUACAACUUGGACAACUCAUUGUCUUCAAUGAUCCCACCUACGUAGACACAUGGAUCACUACCUAUUGGCUCUACCACAUUCUAAAAUGAGUCAACAUGCACCACCAGUAGAGAUAACAUACUAUCCUACCCACAACAAAUGGUGCCAGGUUACGGUCCUAGAUUCCUACCUUCAAAACCCCAACUCACAACCAUCACAGCCAUUAUUUGUAUUACAAGGCUCAGUGCUUACUACCUCUACCUUCAUGAAAUAUGUCAGGUCUCUGUUAACCCAGCUAGGCUGCAACCCUUCUAACUACUCAGGUCACUCCUUCCGCAUAGGGGCGGCCUCCACAGCCUCCAGUGCCAACGUACCGGUGCACAUUAUCAAAUCACUGGGGCGGUGGAAAUCAUCUGCUUACACACGGUACAAACACAAACCAGUACAAGAGAUACAAAAUGCAUUUAAGGAAAUGUCUGGUUAAUUGUAUAUAUUUGUUGACUGUAAUAAAUCUUUGAUUAUUCA